AUGGCAGGUAGCGAUUAUGGAAGUUGGAAAGCCUAUCAGUACAAUCCGUCCAUAGCGGCGGCCGUGAUUUUUGUCAUCCUCUUCCUCUCUGCGACGCUGCUUCAUACGUUUUAUUUAUUCCGGACUCGUACCUGGUUCUUCAUACCGUUUGUCAUCGGUGGUUACUUCGAGAGUAUCGGAUAUAUCGGUAGAGCCAUUUCCUCACAGCAGUCUCCAAACUGGACUCUCGGUCCGUACGUAACACAGAGUACGCUCUUGCUGAUCGCACCGGCUCUUUUCUCCGCGAGUAUAUACAUGGAAUUGGGGCGGAUAAUAGUCCUAGUCGGGGGAGAGAGGCACUCCUUGAUACGUGUGAGUUGGCUCACAAAGAUCUUCGUGUCGGGUGAUGUAUUAUCAUUCCUGAUGCAGGCGUCAGGUGCCGGAAUUUUAGUUCAAGGAAACCAAGGCACAGGGAAUGGAGUCAUUCUGGGCGGUCUCUUUGUGCAAAUAAUCUUCUUCUGCUUUUUUGUCUGCAGUGCCUUGACGUUCCAACGUCGCCUAUCGAAGACACCAACAGAACAGUCGGAAGCGGGAUACAUCCCAUGGCGCAAGCAUAUGAAUGCGCUAUACGCGGCAAGCGUAUUAAUUCUAAUCCGAUCCGUAUUUCGUGUUGCCGAAUACGCAGAAGGCAACGACGGUGCUCUCUUGCGAACGGAGGUUUACUUAUACGUCUUUGACGCCGUUCUCAUGUUCCUGGUGAUGCUAACUUUCGCAGUCAUCCACCCGAGCGAGAUUAAUUGUCUCCUGGGCAGGGGGAGAGUUAUGAUUGCCAAGGGAGGGUUUUCGAUCACGGAGGCGACGGUGUUUGUUUAGAUUUUUGGCGUGUUGUUCAUAAGUUGUAUCGGUAGACCUGAAGAGGAAACCUUCCUUGUUUAUCCCCGUCUUCGCUAUGUAUCGCCAAGAUAUUCCCGUCCUGGUUCCUCAGACCGAAAGCUGGACAGUUUGUAACAUAG